CGGAGCGCAACUGCGCUUGCGCAGGAUCCAGGGGCUCGGGACGGGAGCGCGCGGGCCUCCGCGUCACGUGAGGCAGCUCCGCCGAGCUCAUUGGUGCGGCGCGAGUCUGGCGGCGAGCCGGAGCUCGCGCGCCUUAAAUCCCGCGUUACCAUGGGAACGGAGCCCGCCCUGCGCGGGGGGCGUGGGGGAGGGAGCGGCUCGUCCAGUCCCGUCCGUCUGUCCGUCCCGUUCCGGUAACGCGCUGUCUGUUUGUCUCCGCAACGCGGCGAUGCGUGCUUGCUGGUUGGUUGGGACGGAGGAUCGCGGGCUGCGCGUGCCGCUGCCGCACAUGGCCGCCGUGCUGCUGGGCCGCGGGCCGCGAACCCGUAUCACCGACAGGAGGUGCUCGCGACAGCAAGUUCUGUUGAAAGCAGACUGUAACAAGGGGUAUGUCACAGUUAAGCAGAUAGGAGUCAACCCAACUAGUGUUGACCUAGUGGACAUUGGCAAGGAUGAAGAGGUGAAAAUGAGGCCAGGCCAAGUUCUGCAUUUUGUGAAUAAACUUUACCCCUUCACGGUGCAGUUUGGUGAAGAAUCAGAGGAAACUGUUACAGAAGCAGAAGAGAAAAUACAGACUGAAAAGAGGCCAUGUGAAGACUCCUAUGAGAAUGAUGAAAUAGAAAAUGUGCCCAGAAAGGCAAAGAAGAUGGAGGUGGUGGAUACACAAAGCAGUUCUGCAGGCCUCAGGCCAAGCAAGAGCAGUGUAUCUCCACACGAAGGGACAACGAGCAGAAAGGAACAUUUAGGACACUGGAGUCAAGGUCUAAAGAGUGCCAUGCAAGAUCCAAAAGUGCAGGUUUACAAGGACGAGAAGACUGUAGUCAUCAAGGAUAAAUAUCCCAAAGCACGUUACCACUGGCUUAUUUUACCGUGGGACUCCAUUUCAAGCCUCAAAUCACUCACCAAAGAGCAUCUUAGACUCCUGGAACAUAUGCAUGCAGUUGGGCAAAAAAUGAUUCAACAGUGCCCUGCCAAAGAAAGCCUGGAGUUCCGGCUGGGUUACCACGCCAUUCCCAGUAUGAGUCAGCUGCAUUUGCACGUAAUCAGCCAAGAUUUUGAUUCUCCUGCUCUGAAAACCAAAAAGCACUGGAACUCCUUUACCACAGAAUACUUCCUAAACUCCGAAGAUGUGAUAGAGAUGGUACGAAGCAAGGGAAAAGUAACAGUGAAUGACCAGGCCUCUGAACUUCUCAAAUUGCCUCUCAGAUGCCAUCUGUGCAAACAGCAGCUAUCCACUAUCCCGCAGCUAAAGGAACAUCUCAAGAAACAUUGGACAAAAUGACAACCAAAAAAUCAUCUAGCAACCCACGUGCUCAGAUAUCAGUUUAACACAAAGACCUCAGGGUGUGAUGGGACACGUAUGAUUUUUGUUAACUGGAGUGGGAAAUGAGGUAUGGGAAAACAUAACGUAUUAACAGCAGCAUAUUAACACUGCCAGAGCGUAGAUAAAAAGAAUAAAAUAAAAUGACUUCUGAAAUCA